GGGAAGAUGUCAAGUCAGGCCGAGGUGCUGAUGGAGAAAGUGGGGAAUGCUGGGGUAAUCACCUUGAAUCGAUCCAUAGCCCUGAACUUGAUCCGACUCUCUCUUUUGAAUCUACUGCAUGUUUCAUCAUAGAAAUGGUAGACGCACAAGGAGACUGAUAUUGUGAUUAUCAAAGGAGCCAGUGGGAAAGCCUUCUGUGCUGGUGGAGACAUCAGAGCUGUGACUGAAGCGGGGAAGGUAGGAGAUCCCCUUGGUAAGGACUUCUUCCGUGAAGAAUAUAUCCUGAACAAUACUAUUGGUACAUAUCAGAAACCAUAUGUGGCCCUUAUUGAUGGGAUAACAAUGGGAGGGGGUGUGGGCCUCUCAGUCCACGGGAGGUUUCGGGUGGCCACUGAGAAGACUCUGUUCGCCAUGCUGGAGACGGCAAUCGGUAAGACACUGUGCCGGCAUCGACCCCUGCCCUCCCCUGAGAUCCUAGCCAAGAUGUCUCCCACAUCGCUGAAGAGAACCUUCAAGCAGCUUCAGGAGGGAAGCGGCGAGAGCUUGUAGGAGGUUCUGGUGAUUGAGUGCAGGCUCAAUCAAGCCUGCAUGGUGAAGGGCAGUGACUUCUACGAGGGUGUGAAGGCAGUGCUGGUUGACAAGCACCACGGCCCCAAGUGGAGACCAUCCACACUGGAGGUCUCAGAACAGAGUGUGGAUGACUACUUCUUGCCACUGGGGGAGCAUGACCUCAAGCUCUAA